UCGUUCCCUCUCUGCAGGCAGUCCAGGCUAUGCAGCAGUUAAUUCGUCCCAUCUAUGAUAUUCAUUUUGCAAAGGAGGAGGAUGGGAGCAGGAUGGAACUGUCCCAGCGACUCAAUGAGAUCAGAACACACUAUGAGGCUCUCAUCAUCAGGAGUCACAUCCCCUGCGACCUCUCAGCCAGGAGCCAGCUGGAAGAGGAAGAGGCCAAGCAGAAGAUGCAGAAGGACGAAGAGGAACUGAGGGCUGCAAGAGCCAAUCUUCAUGAAGCCAGGAAACAAUAUAAAAACCUACAGGCUGAGAUUGAGUCCCUUCAAGCCAUGGAGAGAAGGCUGAAAUUCACCCUGCAUGCCACAGAACAGCAGCAUCAAAAGCAGCUUGAAACAUUGUCGGCCGUCAUCGCUGACUUAGAACAGGAGCUUUGGGAAGUCAGAACUGGAGUUAGGACUCAGCUACAGAAACACCAGCUGCUUCUCAACACCAAUAUGAAGCUGGAGCAAGAAAUCUCUGCAUACCGCAACCUGCUGGAAAGGGAAGAAAUCAGGUUAUAUGGCACUAAACAAACCCAGGAACCCAAAUCUUCUGCAAGCAAAAUAUAUUUUAACUUACCUUCAGGAUCUGUAGAAAAAAAUGUGGAGGUCUGUACGGAAGCUGCAAAAAAACAGCUGCUAUUCAAUGGUAAUAUAGCAGAAGAAGGUGCGGAGGCAAGCGGUACAGUACAAACAGAGAAGGUGGAUCAAGUGAUCAAACAGUGGGAAGGUUCCUUCUUCACAGACAAUCCAAAACUAAGAAAGAAAUCCGUGUCCUUAAGAUUUGACCUUCACCUGGCAGCUGCAGAUGAAUCGUGCGUCCAAACUAAAAAGGACGAUCUACCCGAUAUAGAGGUUCGGCUAAUUAUGAGGCGAUCAUGUAGUAUUCCCACCAUGAGUCCAUGAACUUUCAGUCACCAUUCCAAAGACUAGUAGGGACAGCCUGAAUGUUAUAUGAGUGUCAUAGUAGCACUAGUAGUACCAUGGCAAUUGUAUGAAACUAUGUAUCAGUUAAAUGGAAACUCUGAAACCAAAUUCACGCACAAGUGUUACUUUUUAUAUCAUUAGACUGUAUAUAUAUAUUUAUUGCGCCAAAUAGCAAUAGCUGCAGAGAAGUUAUGCUUUGCCUUUUUAGCCUUCAUUUGGGAUUU